GAUGUCUGCUGUGCCUCUGACUAGGAUGCUGCCGCUCAGGUUUCUCACUCACCUGCUGCUUCUCUCCUUCAUUCCACUCUAUUUUUGCAUGGAAUUUUCUGAAGAUGCUAGAAAUAUAGAAAAAAUCAGGAGAGGAAAUCAGUGGGCAAUUGGGCAUUUCAUGGGUAAAAAGAGCCUGCAAGACACAUAUAAUCCAUCUGAACAGGACAUGGAUUCAGAAGACUUUCGUCCAAGAAUCAUUGAAAUGAUAAGAGGCACCUUCCGGCAAGAGCCGAUUAGAGCACUGUCGCCCAGAAAGCAAGAUGAAAUACAGUGGAUGUUAAAGAAGAUCAUGGAUGAUUAUAUUAAAACGACUCAGAAGUAGCGAAGACACUGUUUCUCCUGUACAUACAAAAAUAUAUCUAUUUGUGCCUGAGAUAUACUACAUAUUUCACAUAUUCCAAAGGCUGUUGUUUACAAAUAAAACCAUAAAAUGCUUAUGAAAAUCUGAGUGUUUCAGUUCAUACAAUGAUUUUGGAAGUAAUUUUUUUACAAAAUUGUUAAAGUAAAAAGCAUCAUCUAUUUAGAAUAUGUACCGAGUGUUUUUUUCUGCCAUUUGAACUAGUGUUCUAAAGAAAACUGUGAAUAAAAGCCAUUCUUUACUCAUA